CCGCCCCUUCCGCCUGACGUCGUCGCGCGCGCCCUGCCCCGCCCCUCGAGGCUGCGCGCUGACGUCGCGCGCGGCCGGUGUGGCGGCGCGCGGGGAUGGAGCGGCCGCCGCGGCCGCGCUCGGACGCUCCGCGGGCCGGUCUUUCUCCUCUACAAAGAAGCAUUGUUGCCAAGAUUUACUCUGGAAAUGACCUACACUACUGACUAUAGAGGCCUGCAAAUGUAGAAGCCGAUAAACUGCCUCCUUCCCUCCUCUGACUUCCCUGUUUCCUGUGGGAUUUGUACUUGGAAGUAUUUUUAAAGCUAGACCUCUGUGGAAGACAUCUGGAUUACAACUGUGAGCAUAUCUAUGCAAGGAGACGAGCCAGCCUGAGCAGCUUUGAGUUGUGUUGAGCGGAGGGACUGCUGUGCGUCAGCCAUGCUGAAGGGCUCGUGAUGGAGAUAAGCAUGAGAUCACCGUGGCACAGCUGCAUGCAUAGUCACUCUUGAAGCAGUCGCACACCUAAUUGGCUGACAAUCUUGGCAUUUUUAAAACAAACACAAGCCUUUUAAAGACAGGGGACGUAUUUAUGUAUGAAUAGUCAAAUAAACCUGUUGGGUGUCGUCAAUGGAGCUCCCUGGCACUGAACAGUUGUGUGAUGACCCUGAUCCUGGAGGCAAAUCCCAAGAUCAAGAGACCAAAAAACAACACGAAUCAGAGCAAAAAUUAUCCAAAAUAACCCAUAAUGCUUUGGAGAACAUUAAUGUGAUUGGUCAAGGCUUGAAGCACCUUUUCCAGCACCAGCGCAGGAGGUCGUCCAUUUCUCCGCAUGACGUUCAGCAGGCGCAGGCCGAUCUGGAGCCUGACGUGGAUCUGGAAAGCCAGAGCGUCUGCGCCGACAUUGAUGGUGUCUCCACCCACCCCACAGCUCUGAACCGUGUCCUCCAGCAGAUCAGAGUGCCACCCAAGAUGAAGCGAGGGACCAGCCUGCACAGCAGGCGGGGCAAGGCGGACGCACCCAAGGGCAGCCCGCAGGUCAACAGGAGGUCUGCCCAGGACGCGCAGCCCGCUCGGCCCAGGUCGUCAUCCACCACAGACGCCCCCACGAACUUGUCCGUGAUGGAGGUUGCUUCUUCUGUCUGUGUAGGUGGAGAGGAGGCCGCCGCAGCAGCAAUCGAGCGGCUGGAAGUCAGCAGCCUAGCGCAGACCUCCAGUGCGGUGGCCUCCAGCACUGAUGGCAGCAUCAACGCAGACUCUGUGGAUGGGACCCCGGACCCGCAGCGCACUAAAGUGGCCAUCACGCACCUGCAGCAGAAGAUACUGAAGUUGACCGAGCAGAUCAAAAUCGAACAAACAGCCCGUGAUGACAACGUGGCAGAGUACCUGAAACUGGCCAACAAUGCAGACAAGCAGCAGAGUGCCCGCAUUAAACAGGUGUUUGAGAAGAAGAAUCAAAAGUCAGCACAGACCAUCUUGCAGCUGCAGAAGAAACUAGAACACUACCGUCGAAAGCUGCGAGAGAUUGAACAGAAUGGGAUCCCUCGGCAGCCGAAGGAUGUCUUCAGGGAUAUGCAUCAGGGCUUGAAAGAUGUUGGAGCAAAAGUCACUGGCUUCAGUGAGGGAGUAGUAGACAGCGUGAAAGGUGGGCUGUCCAGUUUCUCCCAAGCCACGCAUUCAGCAGCAGGAGCUGUGGUUUCCAAACCCCGGGAGAUUGCCUCCCUCAUAAGGAACAAGUUUGGGAGUGCAGACAACAUUGCUAAUCUGAAAGACUCCUUAGAAGAAGGCCAGGAAGAUGGGACAGGAGGCAAGGCUCUAGGUGUUAUUCAGAACUUUCAGUCAAGCCCAAAGUAUGGCAGUGAAGAGGAUUGCUCCAGUGCCACAUCAGGCUCCGUGGGGGCCAACAGCACGACAGGGGGCCCUGUGGGAGCUUCCAGCUCCAAAACAAACACUCUGGAUAUGCAGAGCUCAGGGUUUGAUGCAAUACUGCAUGAGAUUCAAGAAAUUCGAGAGACACAGGCAAGACUGGAAGAAUCGUUUGAGGAUCUUAAGGUUCGCUAUCAGAGGGAUUACUCGUUGAUAAUGCAGACUCUGCAGGAGGAGCGGUACAGAUGUGAACGACUGGAAGAGCAGCUCAAUGACCUGACUGAGCUCCACCAGAACGAGAUCCUCAACCUGAAGCAGGAGCUGGCCAGCAUGGAGGAGAAGAUCGCCUACCAGUCCUACGAGCGCGCGCGGGACAUCCAGGAGGCCCUGGAAGCCUGCCAGACGCGCAUCUCCAAGAUGGAGCUGCAGCAGCAGCAGCAGCAGGUGGUGCAGCUGGAGGGGCUGGAGAACGCCACGGCCCGGAACCUGCUGGGGAAGCUCAUCAACAUCCUCCUGGCCGUCAUGGCCGUGCUCCUCGUCUUCGUCUCCACCGUGGCCAACUGCGUCGUGCCCCUCAUGAAGACUCGCAAUAGGACGUUCAGCACUUUAUUUAUCGUGGUUUUCAUUGCCUUUUUGUGGAAGCACUGGGACGCCAUCUCCGGCUACUUGGAACGGUUCUUGUCUCCCCCCAGAUGAUGGCAGCGGGAAUGGGCUGCGGCGCCCUCCUCCUGGCGCCCUCGGUGAGCAAGCGUGGCAAAGAUUAGUCAGCAGCUCCUCUGCUGAAGUUUUAAGUGUCCGAGUGAAUUUGUUUACAUUUAGAAUAACGUUUUUUCUCUGCGAGAUGCAUUGCAAUAGUAUUUUUUAGAUUUUAUUCAAGAACUCUUUUUGGCGAGAAUCCUGGAUAAUUUUUAUGUAGCAUGGUUCUCUUUGAAUGCAAAUCUUAAGAUUCUUUAAAGUGUACAAAAGAAAUAAAAUACAGAAAUUUGGAGCAUACCAAUGGGCAGUUUAAAUUGUGGCUCGAACUACUGUACCAAACCUGUCAGGAGGAGGAGAACGUGAUUAGCGUAAGACGGGCAAAGCUAAAUCUGGUGCACAGCCUCGAACGAUGGUACCACAGCAAACCUGUAACACUAAACCCGUACUGUGAAGUCUGCUCACAUUCCGUGUCCAAACGUGUGCGCUCAGAGUGGUUUCUGUCCUCGACACGAGGAGGACGACAGCGUGUGGGUCUCUGUCCCAGCCCCGCGGCAGCGUCACCGGUCCCGCUGCCCUGGCUCGCGGUAACGUUUCCAGGCCGCCGGUUCUGCCGGCGUGGGCAGUGGAAGCCUCUUGCGCACGCAGCAACUGCACGGUCGUGCUACAGUAUUUUGAAGUAGUCCUUGACAUACUUACCUUUAAGCAGAAGCCCUUGGUCGCACUUUUAAGGUUUUUUUAAUAUAUGUAUAUUCACAGAUUAAAGAAAAAUCCAAACAGCAUACUUGAAGAGUGUAAUACUCAAACUCUCAGUGCUUCCUUAUUGUUUCUAAUAGGAUUUUUUAUUAUAAUUAUUAUUAUUAUUGGGGUAUUUUUUUUGGAGGGAGUUGGGAGGGUCAUUGCUUUUUUUUUUUCCUUUUAAAUAAAGAAGUGAUUUUUUAAAUGAAGAAACGCGUGAAUAAUUGUGAGCUGUCUUGUCCCGAAGCAGUUUGAGGAGGGCAGAGGUUUCCCGGUCCAGCCUGUCUGCAGCGCAGCGCCAUUCGUCUGCCAUCGUCUGUGCCCCGGGCGUACAGAUGCAGCGUCGAGAAGAACAUCUGUCUUCUCCACACCUUUUUGUCGUGCAGGGUUUUUUUCUGUUUCCAGAUGUGAAGGAGAGUGUGUUUAUAUCUCUCAUUUCCAUGUCAUCUCUCACUCCUGGCCUCAGGAUAAGAAUAAGAAAUUUCUCUUCAUUCCUUCCCAGCCAAGGCAGGUUCUUUCAAGGAAAGAAAUUCCGAAUCAACAGUUCACUUAAACGAAUUCUUGUCUCAGAAAUAUCUCUGAUUUAAUUUUUAAAUAAAUCCCUACAAAUUGAAACCAAAGUUUUCCUCCUGUCGAGCUCCAGCAAGAUCAUCUGUGUGUCUGUUCCGAGGUCUCUGUGCACCGCGUCUGUGCCAUGGGAGCCUCCUCGUCCCCGGCUUUGGGACACUCCUCGUCCCAGCUUUGGGAACAUCCUCGUCCCUGGCUUCGGGACCCUCCUCCCGCACGGGUGCACUCGUCGCGGGUCCCUUUGGCGUCGGGUGGAACUGGGUCCCAGCCCCAGGCUCCUGCUGGGGACCCGCUGGUGCAGGCAGUACCUGUGUCCUGUACCUGGUGUCCCGCUCACCACAACAGCGCCAAGAUUCAGCUUCCUUCCCCAUGAAAUCCAAAACCACUCCGGGAUUCUCUUUCAAAACCAGUGAUGGUGUUUAGUUACAUCUUAUGUUUUCCUUCCUUCCAGGCUUAAGUUCCCUCUGGGAGCCAAUUGUUGCCCAGGUGACGUAAACCAGCUGGAAUCAGACAUGGAUGUAUGUGGAACGUGUACACCAAAUACACCCAUGUGAGCCCUGGGAUGCAGGUUCGGGUUGCUGCGUUCCCUCGGGCUGGGUCAGCGCCCCGGGCUGUCUGGGGGCCAGCGCAGGUGAGCGCUCAGCUGUCCCUCCGCCUCCAGUCCGCCUGGCUUCCCAUGGAGCAGGAGCCUCAGGGACCCCCCCGGGAUCCAGCUCAUCCCGUCACGCGUGCACUGAUCUGCCGUUCUGCUUAAAACACAGAUUGCCAGUAGCAACUGACUUGAGCCAAGAAUGAUUCUGCUUUCCAGAGCUGGACAGCAGAGGCUGUGUAGACCUUCCCUCCCCAGACCGCGCUCCUGGCUCCAGCAAAGCCCUGUUCUGUUCACCACCCUUCUCUGGCUGAUCCAAGUCACAGGGGUAACCAUCGCCUUCCCAUUACAUGUGUUUUGUCGGAAACAAAGGUGUGAAUAACAGUAAGAACUGAUUUGGCUCAUAACUGAACAGCUUGGGUGCCUUUAUUUCUGAAAAACAACCCUCAUGCUCUGCUGUUCUGCGCUUUGAUCGCAGUGGAGCUGCCCAUGGUAGGUUUAGUGUGGUGGAAGCAGGAAGGAGUUGAAAGCCGGUGGUCUGGGCGCUCGGUGCCGCUGUCUGUAGUGCUGGAAGGACGUGCGUCCCUCGUCUUUAUGUCCCGAUUUCAUUCAGUGUCUCAGCUCUGUGUUGUCCUCAGUAAACACCAUUCACUCAUGUGCCGGGAGGCACAGGCUCUGUAGAACGAUCACCUCGAGGCUGUGUGGUGAAGGUUCUGGACAGUGUCUGUCUGUCUGUCUCUUUCGACAGUUUCUUCCAUUCCAGAAAGUCGUCUGCGGUAAUGCCAUCUGUGAUGCUGCCUCAUAUCCCAACACAACUGUGUGCUUUGCCUUUUGCAUUAGCUGAACGGUCUGGGGUUUCCUCCCUCUUCUCUUGGAAGGUCUGUGGUGAUCUCUGGCAGCUUAAUGAUGAUGUGGGUGGAAAGGUGACUCUAGCUGCAAAGCUCCUUUCCUCCCGGGCGGUGGUUGUUCUGGUGACCCGCAGGAUCCCCGCGGCUGCCGGGCUGGUCGUGACCAGCUCUGAGUUGCACGACGUUUCCCAGUCAGAGCUCAAACGACUCUGAAAUUGCUUAGAUAUGAUUAGCACAUAUCAAUUUGGUAUAUGGAAAGGGAAGAAUAUAAUGGACUGUGUUAGUUCAGAAAGCAGCAGCUCUUCAUUGAAACUCUGUGGUUCAAAUGAAGUUCAUCUGUUUUCCCAAUUCGCUUUCUCAGUGUAAAGAACGAAAAUCUUGAUGCGAAACACCCAAACCCAUUUGAGAUUUCAGAAGUUCUCUUUCCUCUCAGCCUCAUUAGUUCAGUUUGAUGAUACUCGACAUGCUCACAGCAGUUACUUCAGUGGUUUAUGCCAAUCCGUGGACUCUUAGGGUCUGGUCAGAUUAAAUGUGGGGUUCUGUACGUGUUGCACUGGGACAGAAAAGCACUGUCUCUCAGCUUUGAAAAUAUGCAUUUUUUAAAUGAAAAAGCAGCAUUGUAACAAAAGAAGCCAAGCUACAAAGGGGUUCGAGAUUGGGUAUUUCUGCCAGUUUUUAAAGUGAAUUCUGAAUGUGGCUAAAGAGUUAAAACCCUGUGUGUCUGUGUCGUGUGUGCCAGGUGGUAUAGUAGUAGGCCGUUGACUUAGCUGUAAGUGUGGUUGAAAAGUGUAAAAAUAAACAGAAAAACUCACUUGCACGGGUUGAAAAGUAAGAAAUGACACUUGUGAACGUAACACUGUAGUUUAUAGAUCUUGAGCUGCUAAUUGUUGAGAGAGAUUUACAUUUGUCUUGUCUGAUUGUCGCAGUUUUAUCUGCGACACUUUUACUGUAUAUAAAAAAACUUUAAAUAAAGACCUCAGCUAUUAA